AUGGUGAAAGUUACUGUCUGUGGUGCCGCCGGAGGAAUCGGCCAGCCUUUGUCGCUUUUGUUGAAACUCAAUAAGAACGUUUCCGAAUUGUCCUUGUUUGAUGUUGUCAACGUGCCGGGCGUGGGCGCCGACUUGGGCCAUAUCAAUUCUGCCGCCACGACGAAAUCCUUUUUGCCUUCUUCCAGAGAGGACAAAACCGCCUUGGCCGAGUCUUUGAAAGGCUCCGACUUGGUGGUGAUCCCUGCAGGUGUGCCCAGAAAACCAGGCAUGACCAGAGACGACUUGUUCAACAUCAACGCGUCGAUCAUCCAGUCCUUGGCCCAGGGAAUUGCCGAGAACGCGCCAAACGCCCUUGUGUUGGUUAUUUCCAACCCUGUCAACUCCACUGUGCCCAUCGUGGCGGAGACCUUGAAAAAGAACAAUGUUUACAACCCUGCUCGCUUGUUUGGUGUCACUACCUUGGACAUUGUGCGUGCCAACACCUUCAUCUCCCAGCUCUUCCCAGGAGAGACCAAGCCAACUGACUUUGAGGUUCCCGUCAUUGGCGGCCACUCGGGCGAGACCAUUGUGCCAUUGUACUCUGUAGGCGCCAAGCCAUACUAUGACAAGUUGUCUGCGGAGCAGAAGAAGGAGUUGAUCAACAGAGUGCAGUUUGGUGGUGAUGAGGUUGUCAAGGCUAAGGAUGGGGCUGGUUCCGCCACCUUGUCCAUGGCUUACGCUGGCUACCGUUUGGCUGAGUCCUUGUUGGAGGCCGCCUCUGGCAAGACUGUUGUCGAGUGCACCUUCUUGAACUUGGACUCCUCGAUCAAGGGCGCUUCUGAGGCCAAGAAGUUGGUCAACGGUCUUGACUUCUUCUCUCUUCCCGUCAAGUUGUCCAAGGACGGAAUUGCCGAGGUGAACUACGAGAUUUUGGAGAAGAUUGAUGACGAAGAGAAGAGGUUGUUGUCCGUUGCCAUUGAGCAGUUGUCUAAGAACAUUGAGAAAGGUGUUGCCUUUGGCACCAAGUAG